AUGGAAGCGACCAUUGGAGAGAUGCUUCUCAGCACCAUCCUCAAGGUGCUUCUCAACCAGUUAGCCUCUGGCGAGCUGCUUAGCCUCAUGCAGCGCGAGGGACUUCCCACCCUGCUGAAUAAAUGGGAGAAGAAGCUCCAGCGAAUAAACUGCGCUCUGGAAGACGCAGAGGAAAAGCAGUUGACUGGUGAUGCUGGAGUCAAGUUGUGGCUUGAGGACCUCCGGAACUUGGCCUACGAUAUCGAGGACUUGCUCCACGACUUCGAUGCUCAAGCCAGGAAAAAGAAGCAGAAGGCGGCGGAUUCCAGGAGGGUGAGCCAGACACUUCUGGUCGUACCGAGCUGCUUCAGUCCCAGAGAGUUCGUGCGUGACCAGAAAAUGAGGUCCAAAAUAGAGGAUAUCGACCAUCGACUGCAGGAGAUUAUCAAGCAGAAAGAUAGCCUAAGCCUGAGAGAGAAGGAGGCCAGCCAGUCCGCAUCCGACCGAGCCCAGCAGCGGCCUAUCACGACGUAUGUCCCAGAGCCUUGUUUUGUAGGUAGGGAGAAGGAAAAGAUGGAGGUCCUUCAAUUGUUGAUUGAAGAAGAAGAAGGCAUCAACAACAUAAAUGCGAUCCCGAAAAUAAUUCCCAUAAUAGGGAUGGGAGGGGUCGGAAAGACCACUCUAGCCCAGCAAGUCUAUCAUGACGCCAGCUAUUUCGAUGUCAAAGCAUGGGCUUGCGUAUCCAAUGACUUCGACGUGGCUGCCAUUACAAGGAGGAUUUUGCAGGAUGUCCCUGGUUUGUCUGGCAAAGGCAACGACCUAGACCGGCCCCAAGAGAAGUUGUGGAAACAUCUGUCUGGGAAGAGAUUCCUUAUCGUUUUGGACGAUGUUUGGACAGAGAAGUACGAAGAGUGGACCAAUCUCCUGAAGACUUUCCAAGCCGGAGCUGAGGGGAGCGUGAUCGUCCUUACAGCUCGUAACCUCCAUGUUGCUUCAAUGGCCGGUGCUCCGGCAUACCAUUUGAAGGAGCUGCCUGAAGAUGCUUGCUUGACUUUACUGGCCUAUCACGCUCUUGGCGCCAAAAAUUUCGACCACCACACCCCUCUUAAAUCAUUCGGUGAGAAAAUAGUGAUGAAGUGCAAAGGCUUGCCGUUGGCUGUGAAGAUGUUGGGCGGACUACUACGUACCCACGUCGAUCCCCACGAGUGGGAAGCUAUAUCCAAAAGCCGAAUUUGGGAUCUACCAGAAGCGAGAAACGAGAUCCUUCCCUCUUUGAAACUCAGUUAUCACCAUCUCCCCCGUCAUCUGAAGAGAUGUUUUGCUUACUGCGCGAUUUUUCCCAAGGAUUACGAAAUAGAAAGGGAUGAGUUGAUCCAUUGGUGGAUGGCGGAGGGCUUGGUACACAGAAGCGAAGGAGAGAACCUCUGGAAGACAGGUCUUAAUUAUUUCAAGGAGUUAGUAUCGAGAUCGUUUUUUCAAGAAUCAAGCAGCAACAGUCUGUGGUUCUCGAUGCAUGAUCUUCUGAAUGACCUCGCAAAGUCAAUUGCUGGCCCGACGCACUUUAGCUCACGGGGGUUUGAGUCAGAGAGCAAUGAGAGUAAUGCAUCUUCAGCUCGUCACGCAUCCUUCAUUUCGAGCUACGGAAUUGCAUCUGAAAGACUUACGGUGUAUCACAGAAUGAAGCGACUAAGAAGCUUCAUCUCAUUGCAACCGCGACCCAGGAAGUUCGCGAUGUUGCAUUUGUCCCAAAGCGUGCUAGGUGACUUGCUGUCGGACUUGAAGUAUUUGAGGGUGUUUUCGUUGAGUCAUUAUUGCAUCAACGCGAUACCGGACUGUGUAGGUAAAUUGCGGCAUCUGCACUAUCUUAAUUUAUCUUACUCUGAGAUUGAAAGGCUUCCUGAAUCCAUCGGUGGGCUGUUCAACCUAGAGGCUUUGAUAUUACGGGGUUGCCCAUACCUUGCUGGAUUGCCUCAAGGUGUUGAGAAGCUGAUUAAUUUACGAUAUCUCGACAUUCGAGAAACCCGGAGCCUACAAACCAUGCCACGGCGUAUAGGUAACUUGGUGAAUCUUGAGAUUUUGUCCAAGUUUAUAGUGGGAACAGAGAACGGGCGGAGGUUAAAGGAGUUAAAACACCUUGAGCAACUUAGAGGGGAACUGUUAAUCUCUGAGUUGCAUAGGGUAAAAGACGCUGGAGAUGCUAAGGAUGCUAAUCUACAUAUGAAGCGUGGAAUUGACCGGUUAAUCAUGAAAUGGAGCGAACCCCUUGUAGAUUCGCGGAACGCAGAGCUUGAAAUGAAGGUCGUUGACUUUCUUCAGCCUCAUAAAGACCUUCAAGAUCUCACAAUCUCCUACUACAGCGGCAUUGAAUUCCCUUUCUGGUUGGGAAAUCCAUCGCGUCUCAACAUGGUCUCUUUGCGCUUGUGUGGCUGUCGUAAUGUCGGAUCAUUACCAUCACUCGGGCUGCUAUCCUCCCUGAAAGAACUGCACAUCGAAGGUCUGGAUGCUGUGUGCUCGGUGGGCUCCGAAUUUUACUCCGAAUUUUACGAAACUAUAGAGCCUUUUCCAUCAUUAACAACUUUGGAGUUCAAGGAUAUGUCAUUCUGGCAGGACUGGACUCAUUUUAAUGGCGCUGAAGAAAUAGAAGUGCCGUUCCCUUGUCUUCAGCAUCUAAUGGUCCGCAAUUGUCCCAUGUUGAAGGGACGAUUGCCCGAAAAAAUAGAUGCCCUUGUGAGGCUUGAUAUCGAUUCAUGUCCGCUUCUGGAUGCCUCACCUGCCGUUAGUGUUUCGUCUCUCCGCGAGCUAUACUUCAGAGGCUGUAACGAGGUGACUUUUAAGAGCUUAGUUAACAUGACUUCUCUCACCACUCUUGCUGUUGAAAAUGUCGAGGGGCUCGCUUGCUUUCCUCUUGGGUACACAAGCUUCUCAACCAAGUUAGAGAAGUUAGAGGUAAGAAGAUGCAAAAACCUGAUACACUUGUGGCAGGACACAGAUUAUGCUCAGAAUCUUGCUUGCCUGAAGAGCCUAGAUGUCACAAGUUGCCCUCAGUUCGUAUCUUUUAUAGCUGGAGAAAGUGAUAAAGAGUUGCCUAGCCGCCUUGAAGCUAUGAAAUUGAGCGAUUGUUCAAACCUAGAGAAGCUUCCAAACAAGAUGCACAAUCUGGGCUCUCUUCAUAGCUUGAUCGUUCUUAACUGUCCAAAACUCCGUUCCUUUCCAGAGACCGGUUUGCCAGCAUCUAUGACAUCAUUGACCGUCGAAAACUGCAAGAAUCUCCAGCAUUUGCCCAUAGGCACUAAGAUUGGCAAUGAGACGUCUCAUCUGAGAGAAUUGAGAAUCUACGGAUGCGAUUUGCUGCCCGCAUCACCAUUCGGCAAGGGCGGGCUACCGGCGACUCUCAAGGAACUUAAGAUUCAUAACUGCAGGGGAGUGAAGUCACUGGCGGAGAUAGUUUCAGACUUGGGCCACCAACACCACGUCCAGUUGCUUGAAGAUGUAAGAAUUUUCUAUUGUGAGCAAUUGGGAAGCUUGCCUCGGAGCCUGCACAAGCUCUCCCACCUCACUCGCUUGACGAUAUUUGGGUGCGCCGCUCUGGAGCUGGAGCACUUCCCUCCACUUCCUGCCAGCGUAUCCGAGUUCAGCCUAUGGAGUUGCCCGAAUGGAGGGUUGCCUCCCAAUAUAGAGACCUUCGAGGUGAGGGUCUGCGUGAACAUGGAGCAGCAUGUGGGAGAGUGGGGCUUGCACACACUGGCGUUGCUCCAAUCUUUAUGGAUCGACGGGAGUGUUGGCGAACUUGGAGAUAUGGUGUGCUUUCCUCCAGAGGGUGACGGCAAUGAUCAUGAUCUCCUCCCUUCCUCUCUCACCUAUCUUAAUCUCUCCGACAUGAGGAACCUAGAGAGUCUAUCAAGUGGCCUCCCUUGCUCUCUCCAGCGCUUAUACACUCGUGGAUGCCAGAAGCUGAGGUGCUUGCCCAUGGCCGGCCUGCCUUCCUCGCUCGAGCAUUUGUCCAUCAGCGACUGCAAACUUCUCGAAGAGCGAUGCUUAAAGCACGCCGGCAACUAUUGGCACCUCAUCAAAGAAAUCCCGACUAUCUACAUAAACAAUGAUCUGAUCUCAUGA